AUGUCUUCUGCUUCCCAAUCUGUUGAAUUAUUGGGCCAAGGUGCCGGGUAUGGAAUUUUGGUCGGUGUCGGUGCCCUUUUCGCCGGCGGUAUGAUCUUGACCACAAAAUUAUUACAAAGAUAUUUACAUGAGAAUUCCAAUUCCACCGAAACUUUUGCUGUGGCUAAUAGAAGUGUUGGAACAUUUCUUUCAGCUUCGGCAGUCUACUCAUCCUGGUCUUGGGCCACGGAAUUGUUGUGGACGUCUACAAUGGUGUACAACUAUGGUAUCCAAGCUUCAUAUUACUAUGGUGCUGGUUUAGCUGUACAAAUUGCCGUGAUGUCUGUGAUCGGGAUUCACGCUAAGAAGAAGGCUCCUAGUGCACACACAUCGUUAGAAAUAGUCGAAUUGAGGUAUGGAAGAGUUGGACAUAUACUCUACUUAUUCCUUGGAUUGGCAAACAACUUGCUUUCGUGUGCUUCCAUGAUUCUUGGUGCAUCUGGUGCCAUUUCCAUUAUUGCUGGCAAUUUGCACCCAGUCGCAUCCACCAUGCUUAUUCCAUUUGGUGUGUUACUUUACACUGUGGUUGGUGGAUUAAAGGCCACUUUCUUGACUGAUUUUGUCCAUACAUUAAUCUUACUUUUGGUGUUAUGUUAUCUUAAUACCUCGGUUCUCACUUCUGACCAAAUCGGUGGCUUGGACGGCUUGUACAACGCUUUAGUCAAGAAAGACGGUGAACGUUACAUAGAAGGUAACUUCGAUGGUUCCAUAUUGACAGGAAAGUCUAAGGGUGCCUUAUUUUUCGGUUUGAUUUUAACUGCUGGUAACUUCGGCUUGACUGUGUUGGAUUCUUCUUUCUGGCAAAAGACUUUUUCAGCAAGUCCAAGAGCAACAGUUCCAGCUUACUUAAUUGCUUGUUUCUUCAUUUUUGCAAAUGUCUGGCCCUUGGGUUCAAUUAUCGGUGGAGCUUCUAUUGUUUUAGAAGGUACACCAGGCUGGCCAACAUACCCAAGAGAGAUGACUCAAUAUGAAAUCGAUUCUGGUUUCGUUUUGCCAUAUGUAUUGAAGCAAGUGUUGGGUAACGGAGGAGUUGGAGCUCUUCUUUUGGUCAUCUAUUUGGCUGUUACAUCCACCGUCAGUGCUCAAAUGAUUUCCGUGAGUAGUAUUCUUUCCUUUGAUAUCUACAAGAAGUACAUCAAUCCAAGUGCUCAGAACAAACAAAUGAUCAGAAUCUCACACAUUAGUGUCGUAUUCUUUGGUCUUUUCUGUGCUGCAUUCUCUGUGAUGUUGCAUUACGUUGGUGUGAAUAUGACCUGGUUAGGUUACUUUAUUCCAAUGAUUAUCUGUCCUGGUGUUCUUCCAUUGAUUUUUACCAUUACUUGGGAUAGACAAACUACUCUUGCUGUUGUUGCUGCCCCUAUAUCUGGAUUUAUAUUCGGCAUUUCAAUCUGGUUGUCUACUGCUUAUCACUACUAUGGAGAAGUUACAAUUACAAGUACCGGUGGCCAAUUGCCAGCUUUGUUCGGUUCUUUGACUUCUUUGUUUCUUCCAGGUGUUGUAUCCAUAGUCAUCAGUUUGUUCUCCUCACAAAAGUUCGACUGGAGCCAAUUGCAACAAGCUGAUCUUAUUAUUGCAGACGACACUUCAAUUGAGGAGAUAGUCAAGAAUGAUGGAGAAGUGUCUAGCGACAUAAACGAAAAGACCAGCCCCGUUCAUACCACCGUCAAUGAUACAGGCUCCAAGCAAGAGAAACCUCAUCAAUUGUCUGAACGUGAACUUGAUUUCUGGAUUAAGAUUUCUACAGGUGCUGCUAUAUUUGUUCUUUUGAUCACUUGGGUUCUCUGGCCAUUACCGUUAUACAGAGAUUGGAAGUUUACAAGAGCUUAUUUUAAGGGUUAUGUCACUGUUUCUCUUAUUUGGCUCUACUCUGCAUUAAUCGUCAUCGGUAUUAUGCCUCUCUACGGUGGAAGGCAUUCAAUUGCUAGAAUCUUUAAAGGAAUCUAUAGAGACUUCAUCAAGAGAAGCUAG